UUGCAAGCGAAACCUUCCAACCACCAGUCAGUUGUAUUUCGGUCCGCGCUGCGAUCUGUCGCACCUUGUAGUCACCACCGCUAGCGAGACAACUAAGCUUUAGGCUUAGUAUCCACCAUCGCAUCCACAUCCUGAGCGGAGGAAGACGAAGCAGUGCGUUGGCCACCCCUGAAAGUCAAAUCGAUUUUCCCGGAAAAGAAAUCGUCCGCCAAUAGAUUAAUAAUGGCAAAGCCACGCUGCUCCGGAUGGCAAUCCUUUAUUCUCUUGGUCUGUUUGCCAGGCUGUAUAUCCCUAUCGCGGGUCGACGAAGGCCGUAUCCCGAGCGUAACCGGAAAACCAGCGCUGAUCCGGACGGAGCUCCGCUUUGGCCGGAACCUAGACCCUUCUAAGGUACGAGUGGUGAACGUGAAGUCCAGCAUGGGCGAGGAUAUAGAGAUCCUGGUCGGCAAAAAUAGCCGCAAGGCACGCGCUGAGGAUGCGGCUGGGUCCUUUUUCGUGCGCAGCUCGGAUGUCAAGCGACGCCUCAUCCCGCCCACGGGCAAGACAAACGCUAGUGGUCGCCAGCUCACCUUCGAGCACAGCCCGGCGUUACUAAAGCAGAAUGAACUGGCCCAGCAGAUGGGCGCCUAUCGCCAGCGCAAGGCAGAUGCCGAGCAGCGCCACGCUAAACUAAUACAGCUGCAGCUGGCCAAAGCGCAGAGCAAGGUGAUAGAGCACCAGGCAGCGCAGGGGGACUCCCGUCGUGGACGCCAGCUCGCUGCUGACGUGUCCUGGCAGCCCGUGCGGCCUCAGUUUCCGAUCCAGACACAACAAAUUUCCCGCAAGAACGAUUCGUGGGCAGCAGAUCGCCUGUGGCAACCUUUCGGGCUGGAGGAUUCGGUGGAGAUCCUGCCACGAUUGCAGCGAAUGUCGCAUGGACCUGUGUUCAGCUUUCCCAGGGACAUGGAGUUCGCCGCUUCCGACGUGCAGGAGUACUUAGCGGGCGAGAGGGAUACCCGGGCCUAUGGCAGCAGUGCGUCCAAUCAGGGAUACCGGCCCCAGAACCUCAUCACUAAACACAACUACAACUCCCUCCCGCCAAGGUCUAAAUACGUGACCUACUUGCCGCACUCCGUGGUAGUGACGGCAAGUGCGGGAGUCGCCACGCCCACGACCACCACCACGCUGCGGCAGACUGGCGGCCACGGGAGCCCAAGCCACAACCCAAUCGGCCAAAGCACGCAAAGUGUUGUGGACGGUCCCGCUGUGACGCUGAUCGAGGGUGUCCGAGUGCCGGACAGCGCGGAGGACAAGGUGAAGACCUGGCGCAACGCUCGUGUUCUGAACAAUCAGUUGGUGCCAUAUCCAGAGGGUUACACGCCGCCGCGGGCCCAGAUGCCCAGUUUCGACCGAUAGGUGCGGAGUUGAUCAGAACAACUGGUGUUGGGUGCUCAACGGUUAUUGCUAUUUAUUGAAUUGUCUAUUGUUAAGCUAUUUAUAAACGUUGAUUUCAAGUUGUCAAGGAA